GGGGAUUUCUGUUUCAAAAGGCAGUAUUAUCCUAAAUCAUCACAGUCACUAAGGGUCUGUAAGGCAGGGCUUAUGUCAGAAAUAUGUGACAUAAGAGUAACAACAACAACAACAACAAUAAUAAUAAUAAUAAUAUAACAUUAGUGCCAAUUCAGACUCAAGUGGGAAGAUUACCAUAACUGGAGUCAAAGCAUAUUCCCCCUCUCUCAAAUAUAUUAUAUAUUACUGUAUUUUAUAUUGUACAUUAUAUACACUAUAUAUAUGUAAUAAAUAUUAUAUUAUUAGCAUAGCAUGUUACUAGGGGGAGGGCCCCAGAGCAUCAGUUGGGCCUCCAACUGAUGGCACAGUAGACAAGAUGGAACUGUCUUCCUGGUUCCCCCUCUCUCCUAACGUUUCGCCCGUAUUUAUGGCAGGUAUCCUGAGAGGUGGGAGGUAUAUUGGAAAUUAGGCUAGUGAGGUUUAUAGAUCUGUUUUUCCCAUAUACCUGACAACCUCUGAGGAUGCCUGCCAUAGAUGCAGGCAAACAUCAGGAGAGAAUACUUCUGAAACAUAGCCAUACAGCCCAGAAAACAUGGCCAUACAGCCCAGUGUUUACAAAAAACACUAACUACAUUUCUUAAUAGUCAAUGACUGGGUCUGAGCUACUCUCUGUUUCCAUCUCUUCUCGGAUUUAAAAGGGAGGGAAAAAUUCCAAGCCCUACAUCUCUCCUGAGACACAAGCAGAGAGAGGUCUCAAUGCACACAGCACACACGGAGAUAUAAAAGUCAGAAAUCUUGCACUAUUCUACAAAACUAACCAGAAUGAGAGAAAGAGAGAAAGAAACAGAGAAAGAACAAAUAGAUACAUCCCAACUGUCAAUCAGGAGACAAGGGGGAGGGAUUCCCCCAGCCUGUUCUGAAACUAGCUCCCUGUUUCUCAUUGGGGACUGCAGACUUGAGCAGCGUGGGGUUGAAUCACAACAGAUGGAUCAGCAGCUCUUUCCUCUGGUCCAGUCUUGUCCUUCCUCCCAAACUGGGAUGGUGUGGAGGCCGUCUCUUCUCUCUCACGUGGGAUGUUACGUGGAUGCCACUCUAUCUGGCCGAGUCCUACAGACAUCCCUUUUUUGUUCCCUUUUCUGCCUUCAUCAUUGUUCUCCACCUUUUCUUUACUGUCACGGUUUUGCACGUUCACAGCUUUGUCAGGCAAAUCUAUCCCUUUGGAACUCAUAUUUACAGCCAACUUCCAUAAAGUGUAAGAGUCCCAUUUGGCAGUUGAUGGGAGAAGUGUAUCUGUAUUGUCAUGGGGCCAAUUCCCAGAGCUGAGUCUGCAAGCUCUGGAAUUGGAGCCAUAACAACAAGCACUCCUCGAUAGCUCAUGCAGACACCUGGCACCGGAGCAUGGGAACUUUUGGAGUGAGAAUCAAAACAGCUUUAAUGAAUAGUUGGUGUUGUAGUGGUAGUAAUGUGAUAUGUGGGGUGGGGUUUGGUGAUGAUAUUUACGUGUGGUGUGACGUUGUAGCAAAGGUGAUAAAAAUGAUUGUGUGUAAACAUUAUGUCAUUCUCGACUUUUCCAAAGUCGUGUGUUCUUCAAUAAAGAUUGGUUUUGAUAACAGCUACCUUUGGUCUGUGUUCAUGCUGGUCGUUUGAAGUAAGCGUGACAUGUAUCAUCCGGCGCAGUCUGUCUCCCACCGGGAUCCACGGCUGUUUCUCUCGGCAGCAACAUACAGUGGGUCUCUCUGUGCACCAGACACCUGCCAGGAGGGCCACUGAUCUGUGCAUGUGCUUUCUUCUGCGUGAGUAUGGCGACAAAGAGAAAGAAGGUCGUUGGAUCCAUGGAGCAGAAACCUGGACAAAGGAGAGACAAGGCAGAAGGUAGCCAACAACUAUGGUGUCGAACGGGUAGCAGUAGGAGAAUGGAAAUGGAAUCGAUUGCAGAUAGAAAAAUGGUGUUCUCCAAAGUUACCGAUGGUGUGCUGAAAGAGAGGAAAACAAUGAAAAAUGUGACUAUGAAAAAGUUAUUGAAGCUUUGUAUGUUUGGUUUACGCAGCUGAGAGACAAAGGUGUGUGUAUUUCAGGGCCUAUUUUACAGCAAAAGGUAUUGCGUUUUCAAAAAGAAUUUAAUGAAGGGGAAUCAGAUUUUACAGCAAGCAUUGGCUCGACAGGUGGAAGAAACGUUAUGGAAUCCAUCAGUUAAGUGUUUGUGGUGAGAAGCUGUCAUCAAAUUUUCAAGAAAUAGAGGCAUUCAAGAAAGAAAUUCAAGGGGAAAAAAAUUCAAGACUUUGUUGAAACUGAAAGCCUAACGGGUGAUCAGAUGUUUGAUUGUGACGAGACCAGCCUCAAUUGCAAAAUUUUACCGAGCAGGAGUCUUGCAGCCAGAACUGAAGCAGCAGCCCCUGGCUAAAAGCACAGCAAAGAAAGGCUGACAAUGUUAGCAUGCAGCAGUGCUACAGCAAACCACAAAAUGGACCUCGCAAUGAUUGGGAAGCCCAAAAAUCCAAGAGCCUUUAAAACAGUUUCAAAAAAUGCUCUUCCUGUUAAAUACUACAAUCAAAAAGGUUUGUUGAUGACCAGUGAAAUGUUCAAAAGACUAUUAUUAUUAUAAUAACUAUAUUCCAUCCUAUCUCCCCAAGGGGACUCAGGGCGGAUCACAAUACACAUACACGGCAACCAUUCAAUGCUGUUUGGAGACAGGACAGAACAGAAUAAGACAAACAGAAGGAGGUACGUAGUCUUGAAGUCCAGGUUUUUGGUGCCUUGGAGGCUGAUGUUCUGCUCAGAUUCAGUCACAGGGGUGCUGUUGCUUCAUUCUCUGUGACAAAGAGCCAUCAGAACUUCCUCCUUCCACCUUCCUCUUGGUCACCGCAUUUCUGGUCUUGUUCUUUAUGGUGUUUUAAAAUACCUCCCCCACAAUUUGCGUUACCUCAUUUCUCUAUUUACAGCUUGUAAACUGUUUUCGAACUGCUUAGGUAAACAGUGAGCUGGGUUGGAGGUCGAGCGCUCACCCCCGACCGGGCUUCAAACUGGCCACCUUUCGGUUGGUGGAUCUUAUUACUGCUGUUGAUUUACCAGUUGUGCUACAGCCCAGCCCUAAGGAAUUUGUUCCUUCCACGGAGGAAUUUUUGAAGGAAAUUUACCUGCCCAGGAAAGCGGUUUUGUUGCUAGACAAUGCCCCGACGCACCCUGAUGCAGAGGAGCUUCAAGAGGGGGACAUGAAGGCGAUGUUUCUGCCACCGAAUGUAACCGUCAUAUGCCAACCGAUGGAUCAGGGCGUUUUGGAAGAGCUCAAAAGGAACUAUUGCAGGAAGCUAUUCUCGGCAAGGAUAGAAGAAAUGGAAUAAGUUGAUCUCGCAAAGAUGGCGAGACUUGGCAGCGGAGAAAUGGCAAUCGCUGGAAAAGCAGUAGAUAACGGGGAGAAGAGCCAUGUAUGCACCAAGUACAGGAAGCAUUUGGGACACAACUGGGCCUUUCGUCGAGACCAGCAAGCCCACAGAGAAGAUGGAGGUUCUGCCAGAGAAAGGCCCGACAAAUGCAAUGUAUGUGGGCAGUGUUUUACCCAAAAUAUGGCACUUGUGCUUCACAAGACACUCGAUGUUGGGAAAAGCCAUCUUAAAGGGAAAGUAUCUGCAAAAUGUGUGGUGAAACACAAGAAAUUUCACACAGGUCAGGAACAAUACAGAUGCCAAGAGUGUGGGAAGUGUUUUGCUUCCAGUUCAGCCUUGGUGAGGCUCAAAAGACUCCACACAGGAGAGAAGCCACACCAAUGUCAGGAGUGUGGGAAAUGUUUUGCUGAAAGUUCAGCCUUGUUGAGCCACAAAAGAGUCCACACCAGGGAGAAGCCAUACAAAUGCCAGGAGUGUGGGAAAUGUUUUGCUUUCAGUUCAGCCUUGGUGAGGCACAAAAGAGUCCACACCAGGGAGAAGCCAUACAAAUGCCAGGAGUGUGGGAAAUGUUUUGCUUUCAGUUCAGCCUUGGUGAGGCACAAAAGACUCCACACAGGAGAGAAGCCAUACCAGUGCCAAGAGUGUGGGAAAUGUUUUGCUUUCAGCUCAAACUUGGCGAGCCACAAAAGACUCCACACAGGAGAGAAGCCAUACAAAUGCCAGGAGUGUGGGAAAUGUUUUACUGCCAGUUCAGACUUGGUGAAACACAAAAGACUCCACACAGGAGAGAAGCCAUACCAAUGCCAGGAGUGUGGGAAAUGUUUUGCUGACAGUUCAAACUUGAUGAACCACAAAAGACUCCACACAGGAGAGAAGCCAUACAAAUGCCAGGAGUGUGGAAAAUGUUUUGCUGACAGUUCAAACUUGAUGAACCACAAAAGACUCCACACAGGAGAGAAGCCAUACCAAUGCCAGGAGUGUGGGAAAUGUUUUACUGCCAGUUCAGACUUGGUGAAACACAAAAGACUCCACACAGGAGAGAAGCCAUACCAAUGCCAGGAGUGUGGGAAAUGUUUUACUGCCAGUUCAGACUUGGUGAAACACAAAAGAAGCCACACAGGAGAGAAGCCAUAUAAAUGCCAUGAAUGUGGAAAAUGUUUUACUCAGAGUUCAUCCCUUGACCGGCACCAGAGAAUACAUACUGGCUAAAAAACAGCCAUUGUGGGUAAAUGUCUGAUUUCAAACAGGACCCUUUGAGAAGUUCUGCGUCAGAUUUGGUGAAGUCCCCGUUCUUGUCAUUUGAACCUGUAAGUUGGAGGUCUGUUCUCUGGAGCAGCAGAAAGAAAGCUCUGUGUGACAAUCCUUCAGAGCAGUGGUUCUCAACCUGUGGGUCCACAGAUGUUUUGGCCUUCAACUUCCGUAAAGCCUAACAGCUGGUAAACUGGCUGGGAUUUCUGGGAGUUGUAGGCCAAAACACCCGGGGACCCACAGGUUGAGGACCACUGCUUCAGUGUCAGUUCCUGGAAGGUGUAGGAGACAAAGAUAGGCUCACACAGCUUGUAGCCAUGGAAAACUUUAUUGAAUCCGCCUUGCCAAAAUGGCCGCAAAGCUUCUACUGCCCGUCUUCCGCUCUUUCCCCUCAGUAUAUUGGGUGGUUGCUUCCCUCCUCCCUUCACGUCUCUUCUUCUCCAUUCACACCUCCCUUUCCUUUUGUCCUUUCCCACGUUUGAAGACCAGACCCUGUCAUAAAUCAGCCUUCCCAGCCAAAUGGUCUUCUUUAUCCGAUUUGUUGUAGUCAGGUGUGAAAAGAACAGCUUGGAGAAUGCUGAUCUUUUUGCAUCCUGACAUUCAGAGAGUUAAAUAUUAAGUUAAGUCUUGUCACCUCGUCUGAAAAGAAAUAAACCAUAAGUGAUUCCAUCACUUGUUCUUCUGGUCUUAGUUUCCAGCUCCAUUUCCACCUUGGUUUAAAUGUCCAGUUUGUGAACGUUGUGCCCCUACAGACACAUCCUCUGUUUUCCUCUUUAGUCAGGACUGGUCAGCUUGAAUAUUGUAAAUGGCCGUUAUGGGAGGGAUCCAGAGUUAGCCCCUUCCCUUUCAGACAGUGGCUCUCAACCAGUGGUCCACGGACUACCAGUGGUUCGCAAGAACUAAAAUACGGUCUGCCUUCUAAGCUUCCCUUCCUUUGCUUUCUUUUCUCUUGCCCUUCCUUCCCCUUUCUUCCUUCUUUCCUUCAAUCCUUGUCUUCUUGUCCCUUCCUUUGCCUUCUUUUCUCUUGCCCUUCAUUCCUUCCUUUUUCUCUUCCCUUCCCAUCCUGCCCUUUGCUGCCUUUUCUCUUCCUCUUCCAUCCUUUUUCUCUUCCCUCCCUUUUCUCCCCUUUGCCUUUUCUCUUGCCCUUCUUUCCUUUUUUCUUCCCUUCACUUCAUUUCCUUUUCCUUCUUUUCUCUUGCCCUUCCUUCCUUUUCUCUUCCCUUCCUUCCCUUCCUUUGUCUACUUUUCUCUUGCCCUUCCUUCCUUUUCUCUUCCCUUCCUUCCCUUUGCCUUUUCUCUUGCCCUUCCUUCCUUUUUCUUUCUCUUCCCUUCCCUUCCUUUGCCUUCUUUUCUCUUGCCUUCUUUCCUUGCUUUUUCUUUCUCUUCCCUUCCUUUCCUUUGCCCAUCAUAUGUUAUGGACUUGAGUAGAGUACAAUAUAUGUCUCAUUUGAUGCCUCAAGAACUUGAAUGCAUACUGUAAUUGUUUUUCCUUAAUCUGUUUAUCCUAUUAUGGUUAUAUUAUUGAUGUACUCUGAUUGUUGUUUAUGUGAGUUUAAUAUGUUGUAAGCCGCUUUGGGUCCAGUGAGGGAGAAAAGCAGGAUAUAAAUAAAGAUUCAUCAUCAUCGUCA